GAUUUAGCUCAGCUCAGGGUCUAGACCGCCUCAUCUCCCCCGAGAAGCAACGAUCAAUCAACCAAAAACGCCAACGAUGAAGCUGCUCGUUGUUCUCGCCUUUGUCGUCGCUGUCGCGUACGCUGCACCUCAGGGCUUGCCCGACGACGUUGUCCUGGUGAAGGAAACACCUUCUGACAACAUCGGUCUGGGCGGUUACAACUUUGGCUACGAACUCUCCAAUGGUCAGUCUCACCAGGAAACCGCGGACGUGAUCAACCCGGGGACCGAGAACCAGGCGCUUGCUGUACGUGGAACCUUCUCCUGGGUCGACCCUCAGACCAACAUCAGAUACACUGUUAACUACGUCGCUGAUGAGAACGGUUUCCACCCUCAGGGCGAUCACAUACCUGCCUGAAUUGUACCUUUAGAUUAA